CCAAUUUCUCUUUGCCUUCCAACCUUGAAAGCAUAGAUAGGCAUCAUGAAAGGAGCAAAACAAACACCACACAUUGUUAUUCUACCUGCUCCAGGUAUGGGUCAUCUCAUCCCCCUUGUUGAGUUUGCAAAACGAUUCGUUCUUGAUCAUGAUUUCAACAUCACAUUUACAAUCCCAAAUGAUGGUUCUCCAACCAAAGCUCAGAAAGAAAUCCUGGAUACCCUCCCCAAUUGCAUCAACACCAUCUUUCUCUCACCUGUUAACCUUGACGAUCUCUCCAAGGAUACUAAAGUCGAAACUUGUAUCUACCUCACCAUAGUUCGUUCCCUCCCUUCGCUACAUGAAGCUCUAAAGGUUUUAACUUCCACAACUCCCAUCGCUGCCUUGGUUGUUGAUCUCUUUGGCACCGAUGCAUUUGAUGUGGCUAGGCAAUUCAAUCUUCCUUCUUAUAUCUUCUUCCCUUCCACGGCCAUGGUGUUGUCAUUGUUCCUCCAUUUGCCAAAGCUUGAUGAAUUCCACUCUUGUGAAUAUAGAGAACUACCUGAACCGGUGAAAUUACCUGGAUGUGUACCAAUUCAUGGAAGAGAUUUAAUGGACCCAGUCCAAGAUAGACAGAGUAAGGUAUAUACAUGGACUUUAUACCAUUCCAAGCGUUCCAAAUUGGCUGAUGGUAUCCUAUUAAAUAGCUUCACCGAGAUGGAAGCCGGCGCUAUUAAGGCUUUGAAGGAGAGUGGAGACCCAAGUGUGCCACCUAUAUUCCCAAUAGGACCACUCACACAAGAUGGUUCGAGGGAUGUUGGAUCUGAUACUUCUGGAUGCCUUAAGUGGUUGAACAAUCAACCUAUUGGUUCUGUCUUGUUUGUUUCAUUUGGAAGUGGUGGUGCCCUCUCACGGGAGCAACUGAAUGAAUUGGCGUUGGGAUUAGAGCUUAGUGGGCAAAGAUUCUUAUGGGUUGUCAAGAGCCCAAAUACUACCUAUUUAGGUGCCCAAAGCACUGGAGAAGACCCUUUGACUUUCUUGUCAAAGGGUUUCUUAGAGAAGACCAAAGGAAGGGGUUUGGUGGUACCCACAUGGGCUCCUCAGAUACAAGUGCUUAGCCAUGUCUCAACCGGAGGGUUUGUUACCCACUGUGGUUGGAACUCAACCUUAGAGAGUGUGGUUCAUGGGGUACCAUUGAUUGCAUGGCCACUCCAUGCAGAACAAAAGAUGAAUGCAGUAUCGCUAGUUGAGGAUUUGAAAGUAGCUUUGAGACCCAAAGUAGAGAAGAAUGGGAUAGUGGGGAGAGUGGAGAUUGCUAGGGUGGUGAAGUGCUUACUGGAAAGGGACGAAGGAAAGAGCAUACAGAAGCGGAUGAGGAUGCUCAAGGACGCAGCUACUAAGGUGUUAAGUGAAGAAGGGUCCUCUAAAAAAUCACUCUCAGAAGUAGCACAUAGAUGGAAGUCCCAACUGGGAAUGUAA